AUGUGUCAUCCAUGUGGGCGCCUGAGCUGUGACGUUUCACGUCAAAUGAAGCGUAAAGCAGAGAUGAGUCCUUUAAAGAAAGCAAAACGGCAAGAAUCUUGUUCUAGAGCUCGAUUGACGUACAUGUCUCCUGAAAGUCAGGAGCAACGCAAAAACAAUCAACAAAACGAUAGAAUAUCAGGUCGCUGUCGAGUACUGAAGGAACUGCAUGAGACACAUCCGGGCAUCAGUAAAAUGAAACAUCACUCACGUUCAAAUCAGUGGUGGCCUGGAUUAGAUGCAGAUAUUACUGAUAUUGUUCAAAAGUGUGAGACUUGUGAAGUAAAUCGUCCUAAUCCAUUGAAAGCUCCGCUCCAUCCCUGGGCAUUUCCAGCUCGCCCAUGGGCUGGAGUACACAUAGAUCACGCUGGACCAUUUUGUGGUAAAUUAUUCCUAAUCGUUAUUGACGCCAACUCUAAAUGGAUGGAUGUCCACAUUGUACCAUCUACUGCAUCUGAAGUCACCAUAGCCAAGUAA